UCUAUUCUGUGGACUUUCUCUCUGUGAUCGAAACGCGCUACGCAAUAAAACAAAGAACAAUCAAUGUGCGAGUGUCUCAGUAGCCGCAUGCAUGUUUGUGUUACGUUGGAAGUUAUAGGUUAUAAGUUAAGAAGUUAAAAUAUGGGUAGACCUGGUUUUUCUCCUCGUGGUGGUAGUUUUCGUGGUGGUAGUUUUCGUGGUGGGCGAGAUAGCGGUGGAGGGAGAGGUGGUGGAGGUAGAAGCAGCUUUGGCAGAAGUCCUGGUGGACGUGGUGGAGGACGAGGGGGAUUUGGUGGAAGAGGCCGAGGAGGAGGUGGAGGACGAGGACGUGGAGGUGGAGGAUUUAAAGGUGGCAAGAAUGUGAUUAUUGAGCCUCACCGUCAUGAGGGUGUGUUCAUUGCAAGAGGGAAGGAGGAUGCUCUUGUUACAUUAAAUAUGGUACCAGGAGAAGCUGUCUAUGGAGAAAAGAGAAUAUCAGUGGAAGACGGUGAAAAUAAGAUAGAGUAUCGUGUAUGGAAUCCCUUUCGAUCAAAGUUGGCUGCUGCAAUCCUGGGAGGUGUGGAUCAGAUUUAUAUGUCACCUGGUAGCAAGGUUCUUUACUUGGGAGCUGCAUCUGGAACCACCGUGUCACAUGUAUCUGAUGUUGUUGGACCAGAAGGACUAGUUUAUGCUGUGGAAUUCUCACACAGAUCAGGCCGUGAUCUGCUCAACAUGGCUAAAAAAAGGACCAACAUUAUCCCUAUUAUAGAGGAUGCACGUCACCCUCACAAAUAUCGGAUGCUUGUUGGAAUGGUGGAUACGGUGUUUGCCGAUGUGGCUCAGCCUGAUCAGGCUAGAAUAGUUGCCCUCAACUCCCAAUAUUUUCUAAAGAAUGGAGGCCAUUUUGUAAUCUCAAUCAAGGCCAGUUGCAUAGAUUCCACAGCUCAGCCUGAAGCUGUGUUUGCAUCAGAAGUAAAGAAACUGCAGGCAGACAAACUGAAGCCUCAAGAGCAGAUAACUUUGGAGCCAUAUGAGCGAGACCAUGCUGUUGUGGUUGGUGUGUAUCGGCCACCACCUAAGUCAAAAGGAGGCUGACAGCCAUAAAUUUUUCGAAGAUAUAACUUCCAAGUGAUUGCAUAAUGGCAGGUACCUGGGAUGUAAGGAGGCAAAUACCCUCAUUCACCAUUAUUUUUAAAUAUAUCAGACAUCCUAUGCUGUUUGUAGUUUUUAUUUUAACGAGAACUAUUAAAUAAUAGAACAACACUGGACUAAGUUUGUUCAAACUCCUGUAAGCAAAAUAAUUGACAAAUGAAGAACAAUAAAGUUGCUGUUCUUGCUUGAACAGUCAGUAGUUA